UUUAUAUUAUGCCUAUAUAGCAUAUAUUUCACAUGUUAUUAUUAUGUACAUAUAUAUUUUAUGUAUAUGUAUGUUGACAUGUUCAUUAGAAAAUCCCAUUGCAUAUUUGAAGUGAAAUUAUAAGAUUUUUUUAUUUUAUAUUUUAAAGGAGUGCAAUUGAAAAAUAAUUAUUGUAUUUUGUUACAUGAAUGCUUAAUUUUUUUUUAGUUUUAUAAUUUAAUUCAAAAUCUAGCAAUUUAUAGUUUCAAUUUAAAGUGAAAUAAUAUAUGAAUAUAUGUAUGUAAUUUGUACAUAAAUAAAGAAAAAAGGUUAAAAAUAUUAAAAUUAAUACAAGCAUAAUAAGAUUUUGUAAACAUUUAACUUCAUAUGUAAAUAAAUUAAAACCCAACACAAGAAAAAAAAAAAGAAAAGGGAAAAUUUUUUUCAAAAAUAGAAAUUAAUCAUGAACAAUGUCAACGGAUUUAACAUUGGAAAAUGAUUUACAAUUUCAUAUACAACAAAAUCAACUUAAAAUAGCGGCAACAAAACGAAAUUCAACAUUAACACGUCGCGCCAAUUUAUUAUCAUGUAAACAAUGGUGGAAAGUUUGUUUUAUUUAUGAUGAUCAAAAGGAUUAUUAUCGUAAAAAAUAUGGUAAAAAAUUGAUUACGUCAAGAAAUUUAAUAAAAAAACAAAAUUCUAUUAAAAAUAUGAAAUCGAAAUUAAAUACUGUAAUGUCUUCAAAAACUACUCCGACAACAACAACAACAGCUACUACAAAUAAUAAUAGUACUACUAAUACUAGUAAUAAUAAUAAUAAUGAAAAUCGUUACUCAAUAUCAUCAUCUUUAAAAAAUCUAUCACCACAAAAACUAAUCAAUUCAACCAAAAACUCUUUACGACUUCGCUCAAGGAAGCUUUUAUUCUUAAGUAGGCACAAUAAUAAUAAUAAUAGUAGUAAUAGUAAUAAUAAUAAUGAACAAAAUGAUGAAAUUUCUUUACAACCAAAUAAUUUACAACGGCAAAAUCAACAACAACAACUAGUUAAACAACAACAAAAUGAACAACAAAAUUAUCAAUAUCAUCAUCAAAUAUUAAAUGACCAAAGUAUUUUAUUUUCAACUUACUAUAGUAAUAAUAGUAAUAAUAAUAGUUUAUAUACGUCUACAACAAUAGCAACAUCUACAACGAUACCAACAACGAUUACAACAGAAAAUUUACAAUAUAAAUAUAAAAAUUCUGAUGUAAAUGCAAAUGAUCAUCUUAUGAAUAUUUGUAAUAUUUUAGAUGAACCAACAAGACAGAAUGCAAAAGUAGCUGUACUUGAUGAUCAUUUCUUAUCAACAUGUAAUAAUAACAUUAAUGAUUCUUUAAUAAAUAAAAAUAAUGAACAGUUACCAUCAAAAACAAUAAAAAGACUUUCAGAGAAAAAUUUACAACAUCAGAAUCAACAUUUUCCAGAACAAGAACAACAACAACAACAACAACUACACUAUCAAGAUCAUCAAAAUGGAAAAUUAUUUCAAAAACAUAAAAUAUUUCCAACCCAAUUCAAUAAUGUUGCAUCUAAUAAUUUAAAUAAUAGAGAAAACUUGUUUUUAAACGUUCAACAAACAUCAUUUUCAAAUGGAAUAUCAACAUCAGUAUCACCAUCAUUGUCACUAUCACCAUCAAUAUCUCUAUCACCAGCAUUAUCAUCACCAUCAUCAUCACCGUCCGGUUUAAAAAUUUUUUCAAAAAUUGAUAGAUUUUCACUUAAAAAUCAACAAAAUUUAAUUAAACAUACUUUUGAUGUUGAAGAUUUUAACGACACUAGUACUAAUUUAAUUUCAAAACUAAAUAAUAAUAAUAAUGAUGUUGAUGAUCAGCAACAUCAGGUUAAAAUUAAUGAAGAAAAUAUUAAUGAACUUAAAUUUAUUGAAUGUGGUAGUGAACAAUAUUUGCCUAGAAGAAAAUCAUUAUUAAUAUCAGAUACAACUUUAAUUAAUAAUUAUACAAAUAAUAUAAAUGAGGAUAAUAAAAAAAAUUGUAAUAAUAAUAAUUAUAAUAGAAAAAUUAAUAUUGAUGAUAAUUUUAUUGAUGUUGAUAAAUUGAAUAACAGUAAAUCAUCUUCUUGUCCAGCUACAUUUUCAUAUUUAUCGAAAAAUUUUUCAACUCCAAUACAAUUAAAAUCACCAUUAUCAUCAUCAUCAUCAACACCAGAAAUUUUAAUAAAAUCACCAUCAUUAUCACCAUCAAUAUCAAUAGAAAUUGCUACAAGUUGUAAUAAUACAAAUUCAAAUAGUAUUAAUACAUCAAGAAGUUGUAGUAGUCAAAGUACAAUAAGUGGUUGUAGUAAUAAAAUUAAUCAGUAUAAAGAAAAUGAAAUAAAUAAUAAUAAUAAUAAUAAUUUAAAAAUACAUAAUGGGAACACAAGAACAACAGCAACAGUAAUACCAAAAAUAGCAGAAACAGCAAUAACAUCAACUUCAACAUCAGCUGUUAAAAAGAGAUUAUAUUUUAAUGAACAUGACCUAAGGCAUCUAUAUAUAUGUAGAAAUCGUACAGGAGUAUGGUAUCAUGAUGAUGAAAUUAAUUUUAGUUUGAGUGAUGUGACAUCUGUUGGUAGAAAUAAUGAUAAAAAUCAAAGAAUUAUUAAAAAUUAUAAUAAUGAAUUAUCAUUGGAAAUUAAUAAGGGAAUUCUAGCUAUGGAUCUUGAUUUGAAUUUAAUGAAAAAACAAAAACUAUUAGAAACACAAAAUAAUUAUUCGAUAACAUCAACAACUGAUCAACAUUUACAAAAUAAUAAACAAUUAACAUUACAAAUGUCUUAUAUAAAUACAAAAGUAGAAUCAUUAGAUAAUAAUUCAGAAUUAAGAAUAUCACGUAAUACAAAUACAGCUACAACAGAUAGUAGAGAAGGUAGUGCAACCCCAACAAAUAGUUAUCAAAGUCAACCGCCAUCAAUAUCAUCAACACAAUCAUCACCACAUCCAUCAUGUGGUAGUUUACAAUAUCGUAGACAAUGUCCACCGCCUCCAAAUUUAUCAUUAACAAAUUCAAAUGCAUCAUCAUUAUCACCGGUUGGUGGUGGUUGUGGUGGUGGACGUAAUAAAAGUAAUUAUAAAACAUAUCAUCCAAAUAAUCAAAUUGAUUUCCAAAGAAGUUCACAAUCUGAUGAUGAUAGUGGUUGUGCUUUAGAAGAAUAUACAUGGGUACCUCCUGGAUUAAGGCCAGAUCAAGUGCGAUUAUAUUUCUCACAGCUUCCGGAUGAUAAAGUUCCUUAUGUAAAUAGCGCUGGUGAAAGAUAUCGAGUUAAACAAUUAUUACAUCAACUACCGCCACAAGAUAAUGAGGUUCGCUAUUGUCAUUCAUUAACAGAUGAAGAACGUAAAGAAUUGAGAUUAUUUUCUGCACAACGAAAACGUGAAGCACUUGGACGUGGUGUAGUACGUUUUUUAUCUGAUGAAAGAAAUUGUAAAGUGUGUGAACACCGUUUAUCCCCUGGAGAUAUUGCGGUUUUUGCAUCAAGAUUAGGACCAAAUUUAUGUUGGCAUCCUGGUUGCUUUGUUUGCAUAAUAUGCAAAGAAUUGCUUGUUGAUUUAAUUUAUUUUCAUAAGGAUGGAAAAUUAUAUUGUGGUAGACAUCAUGCUGAAGCACAAAAACCUAGAUGUUCUGCAUGUGAUGAGAUAAUUUUCUCAGAUGAAUGCACUGAAGCGGAAGGACGAACAUGGCAUAUGAAACAUUUUGCAUGCAUUGGAUGUGAUAAACAAUUGGGUGGUCAACGGUAUAUUAUGAGAGAAGGCAAACCAUAUUGUCUUGUAUGUUUUGAUGCAAUGUUUGCUGAAUAUUGUGAUUGUUGUGGUGAAGUAAUUGGUGUUGAUCAAGGACAAAUGAGUCAUGAUGGUCAACAUUGGCAUGCAACUGAUCAAUGUUUUUCAUGUUGUACCUGUAGAUGUUCUCUAUUAGGAAGACCAUUUUUACCAAGACGUGGUACAAUUUAUUGUUCGAUAGCAUGUAGUAAAGGUGAACCACCAACACCAUCUGAUAGUUCAGCACCAUCAGGACCACGACCUCAAAGAAUCAAUAAUACAUCGCAAACAUCAAAAAAUCACCAAAUUAAAAAUCAUUCAGUCAAUAAAUUACCAAAUCAAUCACAAAAUAAAACAAAAAAUAAUAAAGAUUAUUUAGAUAAUAUAGAAACAAAUAAGAAUAACCAACAAAUUGGAGAUGAUAAUACCGAUGACAGAGAAAGUAAUUCAUCAACAAUUAAAGAUCAUCGUAGAGAACCAAUUGAUUUAACUGAUUUAGGUGUUAGUUUAGAUCAAUUGAAAACAAGUACAAAAUCAUCAAUUAAUUCACUUGAUGAAGUUAAUAAUUUAACAUCAUCACUACCAGAAUUAUUAAUUUCCUCACAUUCUAAAGCCGAAGAUUCACAUAGUUAUCAGAGUAUAGAUAAAGUUGAAAUUGGUGUACAAAUAAAUACACCAUCAACACCAGAAUUAAUACCUGAAAUUAAAAUAAGACAAAGUCCAUAUCAAUUACAACAGAUAACACAUCAAAAAAUACCACAACCAAAUCCUAGAACAACACAAAUUAAAUGUACACAUAUAAUACCACCAGAAGCAAUGGCUAGAUCAAAAAGUUAUACAGAUAAUUCAUCAGCUAGAAGAAGACGUCAACGUAGACGAAGUCAAAGUAAAAAUCGUUCAAGUUCAGAAAAUCAAUUGAAUAAUAAUGAAACAAAUAAUAAUCAUAAUAAUAAUAAUAAUAAUGGUAAUAGUCGAAUACAUCAAAAGCAAUCUAGAGAUAAUCAAAGAUUAUCAAAUGACAAUAAUCUUGAUACAAUAAGUAUAUGUUCAACAUGUUCCUCAAGUUCAUCAAGUCAAGAUGAAUAUGCAUAUAGAAUACCAGUACGUAAACAUUACGGUGGUGUUCGUUUAUCAUAUGUUCCAAAUGAUGCUAUCGCUUAUGAAAAGAAACGUAAACAAGAUACAAAUCGUUUAAGCAAUACUGAUAUAACAGAAAAUAAAAAUUGUGUUAUAUCAUGACAGGCUUUAAUAUCACAAACUGUUAAAAUAUCAUUAAUUGAAAAGAAAACAAAUAAAAAAUAUUGUUGUAAUACUUGUAAUCGUAAUUGUAUACAAAUAAUUGGAAAAUAUUUGGGAAUAAUUAAAAAAUCACCUGUAGCAAAUGUAUAAAUUAAUUAUUAAAAAUUAUUAUUAAACUUAAUCUUACAGUAGCUCCGAAACUUUCAAGUCUAUUAAUCAAAUUUUUUUUUUUCUACUCCAUAUUUAAUUCCGAAACUGUUUCAGGAAA